CAGGGAGGUAAGGUAUCUUCGUCGCAUCUGAUCAACCAUGGCGUCCUCGGAGCAGCGCCCCGUACCCAGCCGAAUGUAAGAGCAUUCCACAAGCAUGAAAGAUCAGCACCGACAGGGGGCGUGUGCGCAUUGUGUGUGUCAGGACGCUUCAAACGAUGAAGGGCAAGAAGGUGGGUGCGUCCAAGGGCCACAGCCUGCUCAAGAAGAAAAGCGACGCCCUCACCGUCAGAUUCAGACAAAUGCUCAAGACCAUCGUCGAGGUAGGUGCGGUGCGCACGGCAGCCAGUCACCAGCCAGCCAGCCACACAACCGCACAGAUCAGCCAGAGGCCGGCAGGCCGGCAGGCAGCAUCAAAGACAGCCGAUUCAUCUCUGUGCAUCUGGGUGUCUGUCUGUGUGUGUCCACGUGUGUGUGUGUGUAUGUGCGCAUCAGACGAAGAAGGCCAUGGGCGAAGAGAUGAAGACGGCGGCCUUCUCACUCGCCAAGGCCGAGUGGGCCGCUGGCAACUUCAAGGGACAAGUCAGUGUUUUAGGACAGGACAAGACAGGACAACAACAGGGAUGCUGCAGACCUGUCUGUGUUGAUGUGUGUCCACUCCACCAGGUAGUUGAGUCGGUGCGUCGCCCGGCCAUCACUCUCAAGGUGACGGCCGACAACGUGGCGGGCGUGCGGCUCCCCAUCUUCACACUGCAGCGAAACGAAAGCCUCGAAAGUCAGUCAAUCUGCACACACGGGGAGGGAGGGAAGAUACAUAGAUAGCUGCGUGCGACAAAUGGCAUGUAUUGGUGUGUCCAAUGCAUUGGAAUGUGUCUGUCUGCAGCGGUUGGUAAUUUGGGUGUUGCGAGUGGAGGUCAAGUGAUCAUGGCGGCCAAGGAGAGCUACUUCAAGGCACUCGAGGCACUCAUACGACUCGCAUCACUCCAGGUCAAUCACACACACACACACACACUCACACACGCACGCACCGACAGAUGCAUGACCGGCCAGCCACACCUCUGUGUGUGUAUGUGUGUGUGUGUGUGUGUGCAGACGGCUUUCUUUACGUUGGAUGAGGCCAUCAAGAUUACCAACCGACGCGUCAAUGCACUCGAAAGCGUAAGCAACACACGGGGCGGGGCGGGGCGAGCCCACACAAACCCGGACCAGCCGGCAGCAGCCCGACCCGACGGCUGGUCUGCACUGCAAGUAUCUCUCUAUGCAUGCUAUGUGUGUCUGUUCAGGUUGUGAUUCCCAGGAUCGAAGGCGACAUCAGCCACAUAAUCACCGAGCUGGACGAGCAGGAGAGAGAGGAAUUCAUCCGGUAGGUAUCCUUCCUGCUCGGCGCCGCCACACAUCAUUUCACACAUGCCACACCACAGUCAUGAAGACCUUUGUGUGUGUGUGUGUGUGUGUGCGUCAGUUUGAAGAAGGUGCAGGCCAAGAAGCAGGAGCGCGCCGCCGCCGCAGAGGCAGAUGAACUCGGCGAGGCCGGAGGAGAGGGUCAGACAGCUUGACAGCCACCUGUCAAGAGGCGUCAUGCGUAUGUGCAUGGUAUGGUUCGUGUGGUCACGUGUCUGUGGUGUGUGCUGUGCGCAGGUGGUGCGAUAUUCGAGGACGAAGACGACGACGUUGUAUUCUAGAACCGACAGACAGAUUGACAGACAAGACAGGAGGGAGGGGAGGGGGGCACCGCACCCAUAGAUAGCUAGCUACACAAAUCGGCGGGCAGGGCAGGCGAGGGUCUCAUCUCAUCGGGUGUGGUGUAGGUGGUGCUUCGCUAGGCGCUUUCUUCCAUCAUGACAUGACAUGACGUGCCUGCCUGCCUGCCUGGAGUGAGUGAGUGACUGAGUUGCGUUUUUCGUCGCUGGUUUUGACCGACCGAUGCGUAGACAGACAGACCGCACCUACCGUACGUGUGUUGUGAGUGACAUGAGCCGCCCCUGGUCGGUCCGUCCGCCCAGUCUUUCUCUGGCUGUCUCACUCACACACACGUGUGGGUGUUCAAUUGACAGACAUGCAUAGCCAGCCAUAACACACGCACUGACCGACCUGAUAUCACCAUCCCUCCCUCCGUUGUUCACUUCACUCACGUCAAAAUGAAU